AGAUCACCAACUCAAGUGAUAUAGUUUAGAUUAUUUUGCGUGGGAGUAUGACUCUGACAAAAAUAACACGUUCUUGUUGUCAGAAAAUAUUUUGUUUUGUUAUUGUAUGUUAUUGUAUCCUAGAUCAAGUUUUUACUGUUAGUGACACGUAAAUACAUAAAUAAUUUUAUGUAUAAUUGCUAAUUUAGCGUUUUAUUUCUGGCUUUGAUUAAAAAUGUGCCUUCAGUGUGAAAUGUUGCCUAGAUUGUAGUUUGACAACCUGUGAUAGGUUAGGCCUGUGAUAUAAAAAAAAUCAUUAAUCAAUCAAGCUAACUUGAUUAACCCUUUUUCAUAAAAAUGAAAAAUAUCUGUGGUUCCAAUGGCCUUAAAUUCCACCAAGCCACUAGUAUCAAUCAUUAUACCUAUUUACAAUGGAAAAAGUUGGAUCGAUACCUGCUUCGAAGCAAUCACAAUGCAGACUGUCAUAUCUUCUAUGCACUUAGAAGUAGCAGUAUGUGAAGAUGCAAGUACCGAUGGAACAUUAGAGUUAAUAGAGAGAUGGAGAAAAAAAUUUGAUGAGCUAUCCAUCAGCUUAAAAAUAUUCAAAAAUGAAACUGGGAAGCCAAAAGGAGUUGGAUAUGCAAAAAAUAGAGCUGUGGAAGUUUCAACAGGGGACUACUUGUGUUUUCAAGAUAUCGAUGAUAUUAUGCUUCCUCAUCGCAUAGAAAUUCAAUAUAGAUUAGCCAAAGAUAAUCAAAGUGCAAUUAUAGGUGGUAGAUUUAAAAGAAAACCAGAAAAUUCCACAGAGAGAUUUGUUCGCUGGGCAAACAAUCUUUAUCUAGAGCAAUUAAAGAUCCAAAUUUAUACAUCUCAUGGACCAACUGUAAUAAUGCCAACAUGGUUUUGCCACAGAAACGUUUUUAAUAAUGUUACUGGUGGAUUUUCUGAAAAAGGUCAUGGCACACCAGAAGAUUUACUGUUUUUUUAUUCACACUUGGACAAUAAUGGAGACAUUUUAAGAACUGAUGAAGUUAUUUUAAAUUAUAUGUAUCAUCCUGCUGCUACUACAUUUUCUAUAAAACAGCAAACGAUAUUUGAAAUUAGAGUUGCUCGUUUAGAAAAAAUAAUUUUACCAAACUGGCCUGCUUUUACAAUAUGGAAUGCAGGAAAAGAGGGGCGACAGUUGUUCAGAAGUUUGAAUCAAAGAUUUCAAAAACGAGUGAUAGCUUUAUGUGACGUGGACGAGAAAAAAAUAGGACGAAAAUAUACACCAUACGAUGCAUUCAAAAGAAAAGCUAAAGAUCCUAUCCCUAUAGUACAUUUCACAGAAGCUCAGCCACCUUUUAUUAUUUGUGUAAAACUAGUAAGUUUUACAAAGUCAAGUGAAAACAACAUUUGUAAUAAUGAACAUUUUUGUUUGCAGGAUAUGACAAACGGUGUUUUUGAAGAUAAUCUUAAAUCAUUGUACUUAAAAGAAGAUGUUGACUAUGUGCUUUUCAAUUGAAGUUUUUACAUAUCUAUUAAAUAAUAUAAAUUAUAUAAAGAGAUUUAUAACACUUUGUUUACAACGUAAAUCUUGCACUUAAAAUUGUUUAACUGUAUGAGCAAAGAUAAAAAUAAACUAUUAAGUUACUGAA